AUUAAAUGUCGCAGGCAAUUCUUUAUUCUACAAUUAGUGCACUGAAAAACGCGACCUAAAUUUCGUUUACCUAGACGACUGUGUGGUGAUUUGUUGCAUGAAGCAGAAAUUCUUGUUUAGCUGGAAUUGCAAUUCUUUUUUACAUUAAUCGAUAGAAGGGACUAUUUUAUCGGGCGUGUUUUUUGAGCGCAAAGCAAACCGUUGUGUUGCCAGUAUUCAUCCGCACGGAGCACGGAGGUUCAAAAAGGAAGAUCGUCGGCGCCAUCUUAAAGAGAGUGUAAAAAAACUCGAAGAUCGGAGAAAUUCGCCUGUAGCGUUACCGUAAACUUACUCGUUACGUUCAGACAAGUCGGCAACCGUGAAUUAGUUUAAUUUUCCAUCAUUUUGUUGAGUGAACUUUGAAUUGCAUAGGCUGGUUAGUUCGUUUGUUUGCGGUAGUUACAAAACAAAAGAUGUCUGGUGGCGGCGUGAUCCGAGGCCCGGCUGGAAAUAACGAUUGCCGAAUUUAUGUGGGGAAUCUUCCUCCGGAUAUUCGUACUAAGGACGUUGAGGACGUUUUCUACAAGUAUGGGGCGAUUCGAGACAUCGACUUGAAAACUCGUAGGGGAGGACCACCGUUUGCCUUUGUGGAAUUUGAGGAUCCAAGAGAUGCAGAGGAUGCAGUGUAUGGACGGGAUGGCUAUGACUAUGAUGGAUACCGCCUGCGAGUCGAGUUUCCCAGAAGCGGUAGGGGUGGCGGGAGAGGUGGGGGAGGUGUUGGUGCCCCUAGGGGCAGAUACGGACCCCCAUCCAGACGCUCUGAAUACAGAGUGAUCGUUUCAGGGCUUCCUCCAAGCGGUAGCUGGCAGGAUUUAAAGGAUCACAUGCGUGAAGCAGGUGAUGUAUGUUACGCUGACGUUUUCCGAGAUGGAACUGGUGUUGUGGAGUUUGUGCGCAAAGAAGACAUGACCUACGCACAUCGAAAGCUGGAUAACACUAAAUUCCGAUCACACGAGGGAGAGACUGCGUACAUCCGGGUGAAAGUGGAUGGCCCCAGGAGCCCGAGCUACGGACGGUCCCGAUCUCGCAGCCGCAGCAGGAGCCGAAGCCGGAGCAACAGCCGCAGCCGCAGCUACUCCCCGCGCCGCAGCCGAGGAUCUCCCCGCUACUCGCCACGCCACAGCCGUUCCCGCUCUCGUACCUAAGCUCCGCCGCCAUCAUCUUCCACGUGUCGCUCUUCUGGUGGACCCACAAGUUGUACUUUUUUUUUUUUUUUUUUCGCUUUUACCUUUUUCCUCCCCAUUUUAUUAAAGUUUGCUACCAAUUUUUUUUCAAUUCAAACCCCCCCCCCCCCCAUUUCAUAUGCUAAUGAGCUUGUUGAAGUCUAGUAUGUGGAUGUCCCUGUCUCUCUCCCCUUCCCCCCCAUCACCCUGUCCUCCCUUGUCUGUUUAUGUUCUGCAUAAACUGCUUUUUAACUGGCUGUUCAGUCUUCUCCCCCCUUUUUGGUAUGUACAAACUGACUGCAGGGUCUUGUUUAAAUGCAUUGAGUUGUCGAGGGUGUUUUUGUUUUUUUUGUUUUUCUCAAUUGUGGGUGGGAGGUUGGGUUGUGGGGGGAAAGGGUGGGUGUUUGGGAGGUGGGAGCCAUAUUGCAAAACUGUUCUCUUUUACCUUUUCAUGUGUCUUUCUAUAGACAUCUGAAGAGCAGGAUUAAAGAAUGCUUUGGAAUAAAGGAUUGUGAAGCAGAGUUCAUUCAUAUUAGGAUAAUCAAAGCGUAUUUGGAGGAGGAGCAGUCAGAUCAAUAAAGGAGGCAAUGGUAUGACAGCAAGUGCUUCAGUCACAUCUAAAAACUUGGCAGUAUUGAUUUUUUUUUUUUCUAUUAAACGAUAUCCCAACACUUAACUCGCAUAAUACGGAGCCUGACACUUAAGUACUUUGUUUACUUUCUCACCCUCCCCUUUUUCAUGGAUCAGUACUGCUAAGCAUUGCAUGUCUUCAUGUACGACUGAAUGUGGGAAUACCUGUGUACAAUUUAAGGCAAGGAUUACCACCCCUCCCCCAUCCACCCUUCUAUUAAGUAGAAAUUUAGUGGGUUUUUGGUUAUUUGGUUAAAGGCCUUGGACUGCCCUUUACAUUGUAAAUUUACAGAGAAGAUUGCCAUUUGCUAUAAUGACACUAACGACUAGUGUUAUUUCUGAUUGGUUGAUUGGGUUUUUAAUGGGUAGCAGUUUUAUUGGCCUGAGCUGUUAUAUAGACCUUUGCGAGGAAACUAUUGUCCCGAUUGAAAAUUGUUCUGAGUUGCCUUGGGAGCUGAUCAUUGUCUGGUAUCCUGCUUUUUAGUUAAACUUCGUUUUGCGAAAUUGAUAUCCAGCCACAUGAUCUCCUCCUCGGUGCAUAAUUUAAGGAGACGUUUUUGAUUAGUCCUGAUUCUAACUUGUUGCCUCCUUCUUUUUGAUUUGCUGGUAUUCAAAGGUUUGGAUUGGAGGAGGGGCCCACUGGGUCCCAAUCCUUGGAGCCGGAUCAUUGGAUCAGUUCAUAAUCAGGAUAGGAUAGGAUAAGGAGCGGGAUACAUGGAGCGGGAUCAAUUUACCGGGAACCGUAGGAGUGGAUUCCCCCCUCACCAAAAAGCAGUUAUGGAAUUUCAAAACAACUUCUUUCAAUUGGCUAUUCAAAAUACCAAAUUUAAGAUUUUUUUUUUUCGUGGAACCCCAAAGAUGUGCACACAUGGGAUUCGGCUUAAUUUUUUUAUUUUUGUUUGAGUGGAGCAGUGCAAGGACCGAGAGGCUGGAUCAUUUUCCUUGGAUGGAAUCCGCAUGAGGAGCUUGGUAAAUAGAAGGGAAUUUAAUGGGGAGGGUUGGGUUUUUUGUAGUUUCAGGUUUGGAUAAAAAAAUGUACAUUUCCUGGUUGGCAAUUGCCACGAGGAAAAUGUUGCUGUAUUCAAUUGGCUAUUUCUCCUUUUGUAGUUUGUAGUGGUUAACAAUUCUCUCUCCCCCCCACCCCCCCUCAAUAAAGUGUUACAUACCUUAA